CUCACGAGCUAACAGAGACGGCCGCAGGCUUCUGUUGGAACCCUGUCCAGGACUUGGGGAUCAGUAAAGUUCGAGGUGACCUGAGAUGUCCGGCUCAUGGACAGCCAACCGCGAGUCCCACCUUACAGGUCCGAACCACAACCCAGAGUCAUGCCGCCCGACUUCAAGAUGGCGUCCACGACGACUGCCAGUUGCCAAGAUGGCGGCGCGGGAUCGCGCUCGCGCUCGCGCUCCCGGCUCCCCUCCCCCAGGCUUCUCGGGGGUUGGGAGCGCAACGAGCAGAGCAGUGCGCCGGUUGCCCAGCGGCCUGGGUGGUGGUCCCAGCAGCCGCCCGCCCCCCGCCAUGCGGCUCGUCGGCUUGUGGCAGCUUCUGCUGUGGGUGCUGGGGCCUGCUGCCUGCGGCCUGGAGGUUGCAGAGGAAAGCGGUCACUUGCCUCCGGACGAGCAGCCUGCACCCGCUCUGCAGGCGGGGGCCUCAGCAGGCGAGGAGCAGCCCUGGCGCGGCCCGGUGGACCAGGACAGGUCAGCAGGAGCCGCGGGCGCAGGGCUGUGUCUGGACGUGGAUGGCGAUCACGUGGUGAUGCUGUCCGUGAUCCCCGGGGAGGCCGAGGACAAGCUGGGCAGCGAGCCGAGCGGCGGCACGUGCGGGGUCGGAGGGGACAAGGACUCGAGCUGCAGCCUCCGAGAACACCUGUUCUCUCUGGAUGGUGCCGGGGCGAGCUUCCCGGACCGGGAAGAGGAGGACUACCCAGAGCCCGAAGUGGCCGACGCUGAGCCCACCCCGCCCGAGGACUCCAAUAACACCGAGAGUCUGAAAUCCCCCAAGGUGAACUGCGAGGAGAGAAACGUGACCGGGUUGGAGAACCACACACUGAAAAUAUUAAAUAUGUCACAGGACCUUAUGGAUUUUCUAAACCCAAACGGUAGUGACUGCACCCUAGUCCUGUUUUACACCCCAUGGUGCCGAUUUUCUGCCAGUUUGGCCCCUCAUUUUAAUUCUCUGCCCCGGGCAUUUCCAGCUCUUCAUUUUUUGGCACUGGACGCAUCUCAGCACAGCAGCCUUUCUACCAGGUUUGGCACCGUAGCUGUUCCUAACAUCUUGUUAUUUCAAGGAGCUAAACCGAUGGCUAGAUUUAAUCAUACAGACCGAACACUGGAAACACUGAAAGUCUUCAUUUUUAACCAGACAGGCAUAGAAGCCAAGAAAAAUGUGGUGGUAACUCAAGCUGACCAAAUAGGCCCUCUUCCCAGCACUUUGAUAAAAAGUGUGGACUGGCUGCUUGUAUUUUCCUUAUUCUUUUUAAUUAGUUUUAUUAUGUAUGCUACCAUUCGAACUGAGAGCAUUCGGUGGCUGAUUCCAGGACAAGAGCAGGAGCAUGCGGAGUAGCGACAGACUAAAAGGAGAAGUCGGAAUGAGGAAUUUCAGAAAUUAAUGCUCUACUUUCAUACAUUUUCUCCCGUGAAGAAACAACUUUCUCUCCUACAAUUUCAGGCAGAUUAAAAGAAUCAUGCAUUUGUUGAACUGUGAAA